AUGUCUGACACACCGAAGAUGAUCCCUCUGAGCGAGGUGGUAAAGCACAAGGCAGAGAACGAUCUUUGGAUGAUUAUUAACCAGAAGGUGUACAAUAUCACCUCGUUCGUCGACCAGCACCCGGGUGGUGUUGACUCACUCACUGGUGCUGGGGGGCGAGACGGUACGGAUGACUUCAACGCGGUUGGGCACAGCGAUUUCGCCAGAAACCAGCUGGAGAAGUACUACGUCGGCGAGCUGCACCCCGACGACGCCGCAAAUAUGAAGCCCCCUAUGCAUGGCACCAAGAGUAACUUCUCAACCAUUGCGAUUCUGAUUGCUCUUAUGGCCAUCUGUGUAUAUCUGAUUUUUGCCCCUUAA